CCAGGGAGAACCCCAAGCGCGCCCCGGUUUCCGGGUGCGAAUAGGAAGCUCAUUGGGAAACCCCAGGCCCCUCCCUCGGAGCAAAGGCUCAGACGGCGUCCCUGUUUCCAAGGAAACAGCCCAGUGCCGUGACGUCACUUCCGCCAGCCUGUCUGGCCUCCAGACUGUUGGGAGGAAAAGAGGAAAACGGAGCAACAGCCACGACAGUGGACGCGAGCGUCUCCUCUUUGCGCAUGCGCCCGCUCAGCGGCCUGCUUCUAUUUAUGUGGGGGAUCCAACAUGGCGGCCGCGGCGACCCUGACGAUGGCGGUGGAGCCCAUCAGAACAUAGUAGCGGGGAAGGGGACGCGGUCGGCACUCACGGUGGCGUCGGCGGAGACGUCUGAGGGCGGUGGAGGGCAGAGAAGCGACGGAGUGCGGAAGGAAGGGCGGGCAGGCACGCGGCGCGGCGUAGAAGAGAGCGCCGGCUCGAGCGCAAGCCGAGGGCCAGAACAGUGGGGAUGGCGGAGCCGCGGCGAGUAGCGUUCAUUAGCCUGUCACCGGUAAGGCGGCGCGAGGUCGACUACCUGGGCGCCGAGCGCGAGCCCGAGUACCCCCGCGAUCCUCCCCGGCUGGAGCCGCAGCCGUACCGCGAGCCGGCCCGGGCGGAGCCGCCGGUCCCCCGGUGUGGACCACCAAGCCUGGCUUCCACAUCACAUAUUUUGUAUAAAAUGGAUGAAAAAUCUAAAGUUAAUAAUAAUGAGUUAAGAACAGAGGACAAAAUUACUGCAUCAAGUUUGCAUAAAAAACUCUUUCGUACAGAAGACCCACUUAAUGAUGAGCAUCAGGAGAGGCAAGAAGUGGAAAUGUUGGCUAAGAAGUUUGAAAUGAAAUAUGGUGGGAAACCUCGAAGACCCCGGAAGGAUCGGCUGCAAGACUUAAUUGAUAUAGGCUUCGGCUAUGAUGAGACAGAUCCAUUUAUUGAUAACUCAGAAGCUUAUGACGAAUUAGUUCCUGCUUCUCUAACAACAAAAUACGGAGGCUUUUAUAUCAACACGGGCACUCUGCAAUUCCGCCAAGCUUCGGAUACUGAAGAGGAAGACAUGACAGACAAUCAGAAGCACAAGCCGCCCAAGGUUCCCAAAAUAAAAGAAGAUGACAUUGAAUUGAAGAAGCGGAAGCGGAAAGAAGAAGGGGAAAAAGAGAAGAAGCCAAGGAAAAAAACACCCAAACAGCUGGGAGUUGUGGCUCUAAAUUCACACAAGUCUGAAAAAAAGAAAAAACGUUAUAAAGAUUCCUGUGCUCUCGCUGCCAUGAUCCGAAAGUUUCAGAAAGAAAAGGAUGCAUUAAAGAAGGAGUUCAACCCCAAAGUCCCCGGGACUUUGUCAACCUCCUCUGUGACUAAGCCUCCCUCUGCUGCCACAGCACUGAGGAACGAUGUCCCAGACUUAAAUUUGAACAGUGCUGAUCCAGACCUCCCCAUUUUUGUUAGCACAAAUGAACACGAACUAUUUCAGGAAGCUGAAAAUGCGCUGGAGAUGCUAAAUGAUUUUGACUUUGAAAGAUUACUGGAUACUGCUUCCGAUGGUAGCCCCCUGUCUGAGUCAGGGGGAGAGAACGGAAACACCCCCCAGCCACCCUUCGCCUCUCAGGUCAUGCCCAAGGUGAUACCCACACUCCCUGAGGGUCUGCCUGUACUUCUGGAAAAACGCAUCGAGGACCUCCGUGUAGCUGCCAAACUUUUUGAUGAAGAAGGAAGGAAAAAAUUCUUUACACAGGAUAUGAAUAAUAUUCUUCUGGACAUUGAGUUACAGCUCCAAGAGCUGGGCCCGGUCAUCCGUAGCGGCGUUUAUGCUCAUCUUGAAGCUUUUGUGCCGUGCAAUAGAGAAACACUGGUGAGACGCCUCAAGAAGUUGCACCUCCAUGUCCAGGAUGAUCGUUUAAGAGAGCCUCUGCAGAAACUGAAAUUGGCUGUUAGCAAUGUCAUGCCUGAACAGCUGUUUAAAUACCAGGAGGACUGCCAGGCGCGUAGUCAAGCUAAGUGUGCCAAGUUGCAAACAGAUGAAGAGCGAGAAAAAAACGGAUCAGAGGAAGAUGAUGAUGAGAAACCAGGAAAGCGAGUCAUAGGACCAAGAAAGAAAUUCCACUGGGACGACACCAUUAGAUCUUUGUUGUGUAACCUGGUUGAGAUCAAAUUGGGAUGCUAUGAAUUAGAGCCAAAUAAAAGCCAGUCUGCUGAAGAUUAUCUGAAAUCCUUCAUGGAGACAGAGGUGAAGCCCUUGUGGCCUAAGGGCUGGAUGCAGGCAAGAAUGCUUUUUAAGGAAAGCCGCAGUGUACAUAAUCAUCUUACUUCUGCUCCGGCAAAGAAAAAGGUGAUUCCUGCACCCAAACCCAAAGUAAAGGAGGUCGUGGUAAAGACUCUUCCUCUCCACUCUUUGCCCACUGUGCUUAAGGAGUGUAGUCCAAAGAAAGACCAGAAAGCCCCUGCAUCAUUGGCGGCUUCAGCCAGUGGUCCGUCCACGAGCUCCAGCACCUCCGUCGUUGCCUCUGCCAGCUCCGGCUCAGCCACAGCCCAGGAAACCAUCUGCCUCGAUGACUCACUGGAUGAGGACCUUGCCUUCCGCUCGCCUUCACUGGAUCUCGUUUCGGAAGCGUUAGCUGUCAUCAACAAUGGCAACAAGGGCCCGGCCGUUGGCUCAAGGAUAGGCAUGCCAACUUCUAAACCUCGGCCAGGACUGAGAGAGGAAAAGUUAGCAAGUAUCAUGAGCAAACUGCCGCUGGCUACACCCAAAAAGCUCGAUUCUACUCAGCCUGCACACUCAUCAAGUCUUAUCGCUGGUCAUACAGGGCCAGUACCAAAGAAACCCCAGGAUUUAGCUCAUACUGGCAUCUCUUCAGGCCUUAUUGCUGGUUCUUCAAUCCAGAACCCUAAAGUCUCCUUAGAACCUUUGCCUGCCAGGCUACUUCAGCAAGGACUCCAGAGGUCAAGCCAGAUUCAUGCUUCUUCAUCCUCACAGACUCAUGUCUCCUCUUCUUCCCAAGCCCAAGUUGCUGCUUCCUCUCAUACUCUGGGAACAUCAGAGGCCCAGGAUGCUUCUUCGUUAACACAAGUAACAAAGGUGCACCAGCAUUCAGCUGUCCAACAGAACUAUGUAUCUCCAUUACAAGCCACCAUUAGUAAAUCACAGACCAACCCAGUGGUGAAGUUAAGUAAUAAUCCCCAGCUGUCCUGUUCAUCCUCACUAAUUAAGACUUCCGAGAAGCCGCUGAUGUACCGCCUUCCCUUGUCUAACCCCUCCCCUGGAAAUGGUUCUCAAGGCUCCCACUCCCUGGUUUCUAGAACAGCACCAAACACCACUACCUCCUCUAAUUAUUUAGCCAAGGCUAUGGUGUCACAACUAACCACGCAGGGUUUCAAAUCUCCCUUCUCAAUGGCUGCAUCCCCUAAACUGGCCGCAUCUCCCAAACCUGCCACAUCGCCCAAACCCUUGCCCUCACCUAAGCCUUCUGCCUCACCCAAGCCCUCUCUGUCAGCUAAGCCUUCAGUAUCAACUAAACUUAUCUCCAAGUCCAAUCCAUCUCCCAAGCCCACUGUGUCCCCAAGUUCCUCUAGUCCAAAUGCACUAGUAGCCCAGAGUAGCCACUCUACUAGUAACAACCCAGUCCAUAAACAGCCCAGUGGAAUCAACAUCAGCAGACAGUCGCCCACCUUGAAUUUGUUGCCCUCGAAUCGCACUUCAGGCCUUCCUUCUACAAAGAAUCUUCAGGCCCCUUCAAAGCUAACAAACUCAUCAUCCACUGGAACUGUUGGCAAGAACAGCUUGAGUGGACCUGCAGUGAAUGUACCUGCCAGCAGAGGUAGCAACCAUAACUCAAGCGGCACUAGUAGGACUAGUCUGUCUGGGGGAACAGGAAGUGGAACACAGGGUGCUACUAAACCGUUGUCUACUCCACAUAGACCAUCCUCUGCCUCAGGGUCUUCAGUGGUAACAGCCAAUGUGCAGUCUACAGCAGGAGCAUCAUUAUUGGCUAAUGCCUCACCUCUGACCCUCAUGACAUCACCCUUGUCUGUAACAAAUCAAAAUGUGACUCCUUUUGGGAUGCUGGGUGGCCUUGUUCCAGUGACCAUGCCCUUCCAGUUUCCCUUGGAGCUACUCGGCUUCGGGACGGACACAGCUGGAGUGACAACCACCUCGGGAUCUACCUCAGCCGCCUUCCACCACAGCCUCACUCAGAAUUUACUAAAGGGUUUACAGCCAGGAGCUCAGCACACAGCAACACUUUCCCACUCACCUCUGCCUACACACUUACAGCAAACAUUUAAUGAUGGAGGCCAAAGUAAAGGGGACACAAAGUUACCGCGGAAAUCUCAGUGACUUCCCAGCAAGCAAAGAGAUGAAAUGUUUAGCUGGCUGAUGGGAUCUACCUGACUGGAAAGUCCUUACGUGGUCACAGGGCUGCUGUUUCUGUCGAUGUUUACAUUCUCGUCCCAAGCACUGUGGUGAGGAGGAAAAGGAAAGACAUCAUUACUUGAGCAAAGCCAGGUGCAGGAGGAAGAACCGCUUUUGUGCAAAGUUAGUGACCUUUGGUCUCUCCUAAAGAAAGACAAAGUUACUGUGUUAACUGACUCAAAAGAGAUUCAGCUGUCAAACCCACAGAAGUACAAAUUAGAUUUUUCCCCGGGGGAGGAGGAGGAAGUGGAGAGGAUUUGGGUAAAUGCCAUCCAUCCUGGGGGUUGGAUCUGAACACUUGUAGACAUGACCACAUAAUAGAAGCAGAAGCUCUUGAAUCAGGCCAGUUCAUCAAGAGUAACGAUCAUGUCUGCUCAAGGGAAGAGCAUAGCAGAUUUGCCACAAACGGAAUGAAUAACCUUAUGCCUGAUAACAGAUAGUAGCUGAAGAAAUACUUAGCCUCAAACAUCCUGAGCAAACUUGAAUCUUUCCCAGUAUGUAGCAACUCCCGUGCAAAUCAGUGGACUAAAGAUGCAUCAGGAAAUGUACUCGAGCACAGUGAUAUAUAUUACUAAGUCAUCUAGAUUUUUGGAAAUCAAGAAUUGAGCCUGUUACUCUUAACAGACAAAACGUAAUGUCCCCUUUUUGUAAAAGGGUCAAUUUCAUCUUCCAUUUAGAAGCAGGUACUUAACUCUUUUCUUCAGGUGAUUUAUGCAUCUGGUAUUGACUGGUUACUUUUUAUUUCUAGUCUUGAUGUUGAAAUGUGACGUGUUCACAUUUUUCACUUGAGAAAUAGGAAUCUUUGUUAUCGGGCUGCUGUUUUCCUGCGCUUCACCCUGGCAGGUCUCCUAACAAGAACUGUGAACUCCCCCAGUUCACCUCUCUUUACAACUUCAUGUUCUGUUCUUUUAGUACUAAUACUUCAGGUGAUUGUUAGCUAUUAAUUAAUAGAAGCAAGUAGCAGUGUAUACUACAUAUAUUUUUUUCAUUGUUCAUCCAAAUACAUACAUAGAUAUAUAAAUUUCUGGGUUUUGGUGGUAUUUUUAAGGAAAAAAAAUACAUUAGGAUCAUUAUAUAUACAAGAGUUGUCUUAUAACAAUCACAAUCUAAUUUACCUUCAUAUAUCCGUGUAGUAAAAUUGUUUGGAGCAUUUGGGAUCUUAAAGCUUUACCAAUAUUUACUCAGAGUGUUGAUUAUGUCCGUAAGCCUGCAGAGAAUAAGUUCCUUGGUUAUGUAGUUUCCUUAUGCAAAUAAUAGUUAACAAAGGGAGUUAAGAGAAACAUUUAUAUUUCCCUUUGGAUGCAUUUUAUGUUUCCUCAGCAUCAUUCUGGUAUCUCUUGAGUUCUAAACUUGUCAGUAUUUUCACACUCAACCCAACAAUUAUGUGAGCCCUUAAAUGUAUAACUUUAGGGGCCGGGGAGAUGGGGCUCAGUGGCAUAAGCACUUCCCUGACAAGUGCAAGGGCCUGAGUUCAAGCCUCAGUUCCGCAAAAAAAAAAAAAAAAAAAGUAUAACUUUAGUCCAUUUCUAUAAAACAGUAACACUCCCCCCAAAAAACAGCGCUAGACUAAUAGUCUAGAUUUCACUCAUAUUUUCAUUAUAUAUUACCCUCUGGCAUUAAGUUUAUUCAAAUAAGAGUAUUAACAAAAGUGUUUUUCUUUUAUAAGCAGAAGUCCAAAAUUGCCUGCAAGACUAUAAAUAACCACAGAUCCACUCAGAUCUGUAUGUCUAUAUUUUGACAGAUUGGCUUGCUUCAAGCAAAAAAAAAAAAAAAAAA